GGGAGGGAUUUGACAUGGACCCAAAGCCUCGCGGGGUCGUGGUUACUGAGCAACGGCGGCUGUUGGGCUGAGGGAAAGCGUUUCAGCUGAGAAAACAGAAAAACAGUUAAAAGAUAAAAACAGAAAUUUCACCUGGAUAUGACUUUAGAGUUGUCCAACAGCUUGCCAGUUGAUUGUCCAGACUCGGAGAGUGAUGAUGACAGCGAACCUGCAAGCGAUCCUAAACCAGAACCCAACGAAGCUCCUAACACACAGAGUGACGUCUCAGACCAGGACCCGACACCGUUCCCAGAGAAGAAAGAGGAGAAUGGUGAACCCACUCAGCCCAAGACAGACGGAGAUUUACACAUACAAUCAGUCAUAGAGUGUGACUGUGUAGCCAUGACGUGUCAGUUCAGUACCGAUGGGUCGCUGCUUGCUGUUGGGCUCUGCAAUGGAACCAUCAAAGUGUACAGCACAGACAGUGGUGAACUGACCCAGACCCUGAGGGACAACAGCAGUGUUAUUUCAGGUCUACCAGUGACUGGCCUGCGCUUUACCUGCAGCGGGAACUUACACCACCUGCUACUGGCCACCUAUGCCAGUGGCUGUGUGAGGUGUUGGUAUGUGUGGGGAGGGCAGUGUGUGUGGUGGCUGAAAGAAUCUAAGGACAGUGAAGAGGAUGAGGACCCCCAGCCCAGAGAAUCUCUGUGCCUGUCCACCUCCUUGUCUGGAGAGCGAGCAGUGACCGGCGGCUCAGAUGCGACCGUUCACCUGUAUGACCUCAACACCUGCCAGAGACUACAAGUCUGCAGAGCCAGUGCCUCGAAAGCAGUUAUGGACGGACACCGGUUUCGAAUCUUCGCUGUUAGUUUCCAUCCAGAGAGAGAGACUGAGUUCAUAACAGGGGGAUGGGACAACACUGUUCAGUUCUGGGACACCAGAAUGCAACACUCUAUCAGAAUGUUGUACGGUCCUCAUGUGUGUGGUGAUGCCCUUCACAUCAACCCAGCCUCCAAUCAGAUUCUCUCUGGGUCCUGGAGGAGGUACAACACCCUGGAGGUCUGGGACUAUGAUUCUGGGAGGAAAGUGUCUGAGGUUCCCCAGGACCCACAUGAAAACAGCAGAAUCUACACCUGCUACUGGUCUGGGCAGGACCACUUGAUUGGUGGCGGGGGACAAGCAAACAUACUGAGGGUCGUUAAUCACCACAGUCUAGAGACGGAAUCAAGACUGUUCGACUUAUCAUCUGCCGUCUACAGUUCUUCAGUGUGUCUAUCUGGACAGUGGGCAGGUCUCAUUGCAGCCAGCUCUGGGAAGCAAGUGUUUUUACUGCACAGAAAUCAGAACACGAAAAAGCACCAGUGAUUCUCUGCAGAGUGCCUGUGAUACCCAAACACAGACACAUUGUUAGUCUUCGCUGUUAUUUUACAUUAUUUGACCUGUUAUUUUUGAGAAAGAAAAUAAGUUCAAAACAGGGUAUGGUUCAACACUGUUCAGGUGAAAGAGCUCUAAAUUCUUUUCAUCUCUUACAAACAUAUCAACACCCAUGCAAAAAUCUUUGCAGAAGAAAAACAUUUUUUAACCUUCAAUAAAAGUCUGUUAUAAAAAAAAUGACGAUGUAAUUGCAGAAUAUAUAUAUUGGUCCAUUUAUUAUCACUUUUGGACACAAUGAAAAGAACAGCUUUUUCGACCAAUGAAGACGUGCUGUCAGCGCUGCUGGGAUAUGCAUAACCAAAGUAAAGAUGUAUGUGGGGCAGAAGAGUAAAAACUCAGAGCUCAGUGGCUGCUAAUCAAAUAUUAUAUUAGAAAUAUAGAGACGAAACGGGGAAAUAACCACCAGCAGAGAAAGAGAAAAAAGCGAAAGUUAAGUUACUGAUGCCAAACUCGUUACCACAGCAGCCCAUUUAGAUACACCACAGGGGUUGAACAAUGAAACUGAAACACCUGUCAUUUUAGUGUGGGAGGUUUCAUGGCUAAAUUGGAGCAGCCUAGUCCAAUCAUUAAUUGCACAUCGCACCAGUAAGAGCAGAGUGUGAAGAUUCAAUUAGCAGAGCACAGUUCUGCUCAAAAUAUUGCAAUGCACACAACAUUAUGGGUGACAUACCACAGUUCAAAAGAGGACAAAAUGUUGGUGCACGUCUUGCUGGAGCAUCUGUGACCAAGAAAGCAAGUCUUUGUGAUGCAUCAAGAGCCACGGUAUCCUGGGUAAUAUCAGCAUACCACCAAGAAGGACAAACCACUUCCAACAGGAUUAACUGUGGACGCAAGUGGACAUAUCCAAAAAAACAUAAAACCACGGCUGCUCAAAUCACAGCAGAAUUCAAUGUGCACCUCCACUCUCCUGUUUCCACCACAGUUUCAGUUUCAUUGUCCAACCCAUGCAGAUACCACUCGCAAAUAACAGUGACAAACUAGACCAUGUGCUUUGAAACACACAGGUCAGUUGCCCAACAGUCCAGGGUCUUAGUUGUCAUAUUUUGCGCUUUAUAAAGCUUCACACAUUUUCAGUGGGAGACAGGUCUAAACUGCAGGCAGACCAGUCUAGUACCUGUACUCUUUUACUAUAAAUGCUGUUGUAAUACAGAUGGGUUGGGUUGGAUGGGUUGAUGGCUAAUUUUGCUGGUACUUGUGACCAUGUGACAAUAAAGGCAAUUCUGAGAA